AUGGCCGCUAAAUCCCCAAAGGCGGUACCCAUCAGCGUCUUCGCCCGAUGGCGACCGCUUUUACCGUCAGAGGCUGGGCUUGCAGAAAUUGAUCGCAGGACGCUGUCAGAUUCUCAUCCCCUGCUGUCCCUGUCUAUAAAGCCUCAAGCAUCGACUCAAGAUCGUCCGUGGACAAGUUCAGCCGCAUUUCAUGCCAUCUUCAACCCAGAAGACGUUAACCAAAAGGUGUACAACGCCGUUGUAGCGCCUAAUAUCCCUAGGAUCUUAUGUGGCGAGAACUGCACUUUCUUCGCGUACGGCCACUCCGGCAGUGGCAAGACGCACACAAUUCUAGGCUACGACGCCCGGCAUAGUCAAGAGCUGGGAUUGUGUCUCGCCGCGGCAAAGCAGCUGUUCGAUGCAUUACUUCGUAUCAAUGAGGAGAACAACCAGGAGAUGGGCAUCGGAUUCAGCUUGUUUGAAUUGCGCAACAAAACAGCUUUUGAUCUCCUUAAUCACCGCGCUCGAUGCUAUGUUCGAGAAGGUCCCGAUGGCGAAGUCCAUAUCCGCGGAGAAACCGAGAUUCUGGAAGAAGGCAAAGUUCGAGUUCGUCCCAUCGUUCAGCGACAGUGCUGGGAGUUUGAGUCUUUCAGACGAGAUCUUGUCCAAGCCCUUAGCCAGCGCACAACAGGCUCGUCGGGCGUCCACGACCAAAGUUCUAGGACUCACGCCGUGCUUGAACUAGAGGUUAUAAACCGAUCAUUAGUCAAUGCGCGGCAUGCAUUGUUUGACCGACAGUCUGAACUCGUACCUGUUGGGAAGCAUGUGACAGAUAUUAUGGUAGAAGAGGAGAUGAAAAGCAUUAUACGCACACCAGAUGGUAAUUGGGCACCCAACCCUGACUAUCAGAAGAAUCACGAGCGGAUAAACGCGGCCGAGACGGAGAAGGCUCGAUUUGAGGCUCGGGUAACAGCCGCGGAAGCAGAGAUUGAAGAGAUUCUUAAGUCGAGUACCUCUCCGUGCCUGGGGGCAAGGAUGGUGUGUGCGGAUCUUGCUGGUGCGGAGUAUCAUGAAGGGAAUGGAUCUCGACUGCAUAGCACAAAACAAACUCCCCAGGAGCGCCAAGAAGGCCGCCAAAUCAAUACUGACUUGCUGGCACUGAAAGAGGUAAUGCGAGCUGGGUCUCAAGGUAAAAGCAGAGUACCAUUUCGAUCAUCCAGUUUGACAAUGGUGCUGCGGAAGCACUUUACGAGCACACAAAAGGGGACCGCUGCUAUCAUUGUCACAAUCUCACCCGCAGCGGAGCAGUACGCAGCGACACUCAACUCUCUUCGAUAUGCGAAUCUUGUCGGAACUAUUAAUGCUUAAUAUUACCUCGAUAUAACGUAUACCCGGGCGUGCCGUAUUUGACAUUGACGCCUGUGGUUCCAAUCUUAGACCCGUUCCGAACAUGGCGAAGUGCUCCAUCGAUGGGCGGGCAGUGCAGCUGGUAAUUGGAUAUAUCUCUGCAGGUGGGCAGUGAUGUGUACGUUCAAGGCUUACACGUUAAUGGGGAAACUGGAUUUGUAAAAAGGACUUGAAUAAUCG